AUGGCACCAGAUGGACUUUCCAAACUACUCAGACAAAAGGAAUAUCUGGUGUUAGAUAUUCCUCCUGAGGACUUCCAAAGAUAUGUGGAGUAUAUGGGAGUUAGAGCGUCUGUGCCGACAGCCAUUGAAUCAGGAAAAUAUUUGCUGACUACUCAUAGAUACACCUACCGCCCUUCGCUUGGGAAGUUAACACUAAAAAUGUGUACUCCUAUGCAUGCCGCUGUUGCAUAUUGGGCAGGAGAAUUGAUCGCAGAGGGGGUAGAGCAACAAGCUUUCGACCGCGGGGGUCUCAGACCGAUUUCUGAGGAGAUGAGCCUAUUUGUAGGUAAAUAUCGAGACGUGUAAGAUGAACUCUGGCUUGUUGAGGUGCUCAGAAGAUGUAGCUCAUAUACCCUUCUAGGAUUAAAGCACCUGACAUCGCAAUAACACCCACGGGGCGCUUCCGGCCAACAAUUAUCUUUGAGUUCGGCUAUGCGGAACCCUAUGACCACCUGAAAGCCGACAUGAAGCUCCUAUUAGAGGGUACCAAAGGUGCAAUUAGUAAAGUAAUACUAAUCAAGCUCGAUCCCCUAAAGGUUGGCGAGACCAAAAUUAAGAAAGGUUUUGUGGAAGUGUGGCAUUUUGAUGAUGGGAAAGUGAAGCAAAAAGGUCGGAGAGAGGUAACUUGAUGAGAAAUGCAGACUAGAGGUUCAAGCUCUGAUUGCUAAUAAUUGAGAUGUAGAAGCUAUUUCCUCCUCCUCCGAAAAGCCAAGCGAAACAGAUGCUACAGUUCAGCAUGGGUGAUAUUCUUCGUAGCAAGUUUGGUGCCCUCGCGAACGAGGGGUGGGGAAAAAGCGACACCCUUAACCUCCGCUUUGACAUCCUGAGGGAGGCUAUCACGGAAGCAACUGUGCGUCACCUUAUCAACAAAGGUGUGUUACCGGAGCCGCCAGAUGAUGAUGAAACUAGAGAUGAGGAUGGAGAUGAGGAUGGGGGUGGGGGUGAAUAUGAGGGCGGGGAUGGAUGUGGGGACUGGCACGAGGGCGAGGGUGUGGGCGAAGAUGAAGAUGAAGAUCAAGACGAAUGUGAAGAUCCAGACGAGGGUGAAGGCGAGGAUGAAGGUGAGGAUGAAGGCGAAGAAGGUGAAGAUGGAGAUGAAGAUGAAGAUGAAGAUGAAGAUGAAGCUGGAGAUGGAGAUGGAGAUGGAGAUGGAGAUGGAGAUGGAGAUGGAGAUGGAGAUGGAGAUGGAGAUGAAUAUGGAGAUGGAGAUGAAGGCGAAUGUGAAGAUCAAGACGAGGGUGAAGGCGAGGAUGAAGGUGAGGAUGAAGGCGAGGAUGAAGGCGAGGAUGAAGGUGAGGAUGAAGGCGAGGAUGAAGGUGAGGAUGAAGGCGAGGAUGAAGGCGAGGACGAAGGCGAGGAUGAAGGCGAGGAUGAAGGCGAGGAUGAAGGCGAGGAUGAAGGCGAGGAUGAAGGCGAGGGCGAAGACGAGGGUGAGGACGAGGGCGAAGACGAGGGUGAGGACGAGGGUGAAUACGAGGGUGAAUACGAGGGUGAAUACGAGGAUGAAGACGAAGGCUAA